AAGUAGGACUUUUCAAUAUAUUCUCUCUGAGAUAUAUAAAUAUAUAUAUAUAUUUAAUAAUUUAAUGAUGAACCACCCCUUUCUCCCCCCACAACCGCCCGCAAACGCUACCUGCAAAGUAAUCGACUUCACAACAUCCGACCCCCCCCUCCCAGCGUACAAAAACUGCCUGGCAGCCCUCAUCGAGAACGCGCUCACCGAAGCAGAAUGCAAAGAACUCCUGCGGAUCGCCGAGGCAAGCACCAUCGACCCGCUCGCCCCCAGCGCAAGCCCGAAAUGGGACCGCGCCAUGAUCAACAUGGGCGGCGGCAGACAAGCACUAGCCGUGGAGGAACGCAACUGCGGCCGGGUGAUCCUCGACACUCCCGAGAUCGCAGAUAAACUACUGGCUCGGCUAAGGCCAUUUCUCCGAGACCUGGACAUGGAAAGACUCGAGGACCGGCGGUUUGUGACGGGGCCUGGCGGGAAUCAGAAGGUGUUUCGUCUCACGCGGUUGAAUGAGCGGUUGCGGUUUCUCAAGUAUGUUGGCGGGGAGUACUUUCGGCCGCACUGGGAUGGCAUGUACAAGACGCCUGAUGGGCGGGAGCGGUCGUAUUUUACGCUGCACUUUUAUUUGAAUGCGGAUGGGCAGCAGGAUUGGAAGGAGUUGGUGCGGGCGAACACGGCGGAGAAACGGGGGGCCAAGGUUGAGAAUCCUGAUGCGGAUGGUAAGUUGCUGGGUGGUGCGACGUCGUUUCUAUUGCCGUUUGUGAAGGAGGAGGAGGAGAGACAUGUUCGGAUUUUCCCCAAGGUGGGCUCUGUGCUUGUUUUUCAGCAGAGGGAUUUGUUGCAUGGUGGGGAUUCGGUAUUUCGGGGCACGAAGUAUACGCUCAGGACAGACGUUAUGUAUGAGCAGGAGUGAGAGAUCGGGGCUAUCGAUAUGUUAAUGAGUAUAUUUAUUGUAUUGAUAACCCAGUUUCUAUAUAUAUAUAUAUAUAUAUAUACACUGAUCAAAGCUUGUUUCCUAGUCUAGAAUGAUCUUGAA